AGUCCGCGACUCUGGCAGUUCAUUUGGCAAAAGCGCAGCAGCGCGCCGCGCUCACCUCUCCUGGUGCGCACCAGCCCUCGAUUAACGCGCGAUGCCCACUGAGACACAUCUACAGUAACCGAGAAGGAGUGAAAAAAUAAAAGAAAGGAAAUUAAUCUACGUUUUUUUUUUUAUUUUUACAUUUUUAUUUUCUUUUGCAAAUUGGGAAAAAGACAACUUAUACCUCAUUCAGUCAGUGUGAUGGACAGUGGAUGCAGGGUAGUGUUAUUUGACACUUUAAAGGCUCGAAUUCCCUUUAUUUUUUUCCUAAUAUUAGACGGCAUCAACUUACGCUGCGAACAUUAAAACAGAAUCAUGGCUGACUAUGUGAGAAAUGAGACAUCCAUCAACCCCGAGUGCGUCGUAGCGCAGGUCGACGCGCUGAAGAACGGAGCGGGUAACGGGAGCUUGGAGGCAACAAACAUCGCCUGCGGCAACGCGUCCACACUCCUCAUACCUCAGCGUGCGAGGCAGAGAGAUGAAGACCACACACUUCGGAUCCUGCUCUAUUCGGUGAUCUUCUUCCUGAGUGUAUUCGGAAACCUGCUGAUCAUUGUUGUUCUAACGGUCAACAAGCGCAUGCGCACCGUGACCAACACCUUCUUGCUGUCCCUCGCCGUCAGUGACCUGAUGAUGGCCAUCUUCUGCAUGCCCUUCAACCUCAUCCCCAGCAUCCUCAAGGACUUCAUCUUUGGAGCUGCCAUGUGCAAGAUAGUCACCUACCUCAUGGGCAUAUCCGUGAGCAUCUCCACUUUUAGCCUGGUUGCCAUAGCAAUUGAGCGCUAUAGCGCCAUCUGUAACCCCCUGAAGUCACGGGUAUGGCAGACCCGUUCGCAUGCCUAUCGGGUGAUUGCUGCCACAUGGGUGCUGGCCUUGAUUAUUAUGAUCCCCUAUCCGAUCAUCAGUCACCUGGAGUCGUUUCCGCGGCGUGACAACACUACAGCACACCGGUGUCGCCACAAGUGGCCUGUCGCAACUGCAGAGCAGACCUGGUACAUCCUGCUGUUGCUUGUACUGUUCGCCAUUCCAGGCGUGAUGAUGAUCGUGGCCUACGGUUUGAUCUCGAGAGAACUUUAUCGAGGCAUCCAGUUUGAAAUGGGCCAUAAAAAAGAUUCUUCAGAUGUAAAUGGCCUGACCGCUACCGUGUCUGCUGGCAGUGAUGAUGGAGAUGGUUGCUACGUGACUGCGGUCCAGCGGCCGCACACGAUGGAGAUGUCUGCCAUGGCUGCAUCAGGCAGGGCGAUCAAGGCAGAGAGGCCACGCAGCAACACAUCGGAAGCCAAGCUAGAGGCCAAAAAACGAGUCAUUCGCAUGUUGGUGGUGAUUGUUGUCCUGUUCUUUGUCUGUUGGAUGCCACUGUACUGUGUCAACACCUGGCGGGCUUUUGAUGAAAGCUCUGCCACACAGACGCUCUCAGGGGCCCCCAUCGCUUUUAUCCAUUUGUUGUGCUACACCUCCGCCUGCGUCAACCCGAUUAUUUACUGCUUCAUGAACACACGCUUCCGCAAAGCUCUGCUCGCCACGUUCUCAUGUUGCAUCGCGCCUUGCCAUCGGCGUCGUCAUCGUGGGCUUCGGGACAAUGAGGAGGACGCUAUGGCGACAGGUGCGUCCAUGUCCAAGUUUAGUUACACUACUGUCAGCACUAUGGGAACCUGUUGAGGGAAAUGGAUUCACAACAAUUAAAAAAAGACAGUUACAGAGGCAACACGAGACCCAACAUCCCCCCAGCUUUUUGUUUUGUUUAACACGUGCUCAUAGGGACAUUCAUGUGAAGUGAAAAAAUAUGCCAUGUGAUGUAGCAGUAUAGAAGCUUCAUUUAUGACUGUGAAUAAAAUUAUAUAUCGAUUAUCUUAAGAAACCCAGUCUUAAGUGUAAAUACCUCCAUGGCUUUUAUGAAAAAGCACAACACCAGAGUAUACAGUUAUCUCUUGUAGACAGAGGCAAAUUGUUGGCUUAGAUAUUUGCGGUGUGGAUGUUAGUAGUGGUUGGCUACAUGAUAUGUGAGACAGUCUUUAUAACUAAAUAGUAAUUAUGUAGCUAUAACAACAAACCCAUGAUUUGCUAUGUAACUUUAAAACUGUGUUUGAUGUUUUGCAGUCAGUUACUGGUUGUCUGUGUUAAUGAUGAUAAUACAUUUGCCUUGUGGACAAAGUGCCUGCUUCUAAAUUGAAUGGCCUUUAUUGUCACUGUAAAUAUAUACAAGGAAACUGAGAUGGUGCAACGUAAAAAAAACGGACGCUCACUAAAACACAGGAUGAUAACUAAGACGUACAAUAAAAUCUAGGAUAAAUAAAGAUAUAAAAACCUGUAUAAAAUAUACAAAUCUGUAUGUACAUUAAUAAAUAAAGUGCGGGCGCACAGCAGCCAGAUGGGUGGCACACUUUUAGUGUUUUUCCUCAUUUGAUUUUUAUUGCAUGAGAGAAGAAACUGAGCUAAAAGCCUGCGUGAGUGAAGUCCUUGAUGAUGUUGGUAGCUCUGCUCAGGUAGCAUGAAUGGGCAAUGGCCUCCAAACAGGAGAGGGGGCACCCAGUGAUUUUCUCUGGAGUACUUUCUUAUCUUCAGCCUGCAUACCACACCGACAUGCAGUAUGUUACCAGCCUCUCAUUUGUUUCCCAGUAGAAGGCCACCAUCAGCAUGCUGUCUGUGUUUUAUCUCCUGUCUUUACUCUUUACGGUCCUCAGAUAUGAAGACCCUCCAGGAACUUGAAUGUUUGUGCCCUUUCCACAUGAAGAGAGGGGUCAGAUCAGUGUCUAAUUUCCUCCUGCCGAAUUCCUUUGUCUUUGUGCUGUCUCGGUGUCAGGUUAUUCACUGAGCAUCACCAUGACUUUGUCGUGUCUUUUUAUCUUGUCCCUGUAUGCUGUCAUAGAUUCUCCUGUGAUAAACCCAAUGAUCGUUGUGUUGUCAGCUAAGGAGUUGGUCAAGUAAACUGGCAUUCAGUCAUGAGUGCAAAGGGAGCAGAGGGCCAGGCUCGCGACACAAUCUUACAUCGAUGUUUAGAGUGAUGGAGGAAGAGCGGUGGGGUUCUAGUUUGAUUCUCUGUGAGCGGUUAAUGAGGAAGACUUUGAUCCAGGUGCAGAUGAGAGGCCUAAGUGUUUAUAGUUUGCUGACUAGAAAGUUUGUAAUUAUGAUAUCAAAUGCAGAGCUAUAGUCGCAUAGCUCCCUCGGUGUUCUGGGUGGUUUAUUGCUGUGUGGAUUGCUAUGGCAAUUGCCUCUUCUGAGUAUCUCUUAGCUCUGUAAGCAAGCUCAUGUGGAUCAGGUGUGGGAGAGAGCCUGCUUUUAAUGUGAUGCUUGGCAAGUUUCUUGAAGCACUUCUUAAUCACAGGCAUAUAGUAAGUGCAAUGGAUCUAUAAUCAUUCAAGUCCGCAGAGACUGGCUUUUUGGGAAAAGGAAUUAUAGUGCCUGACCUGACUUUUUCUAAUACCCCAGUGAGCUGGUUAGCACAUGCUUGGAGUACUCUCCUUAGCACAUGUCUGACCUUAGCAAAAAUCCCACAUCCUGUUCCUGCAGUGAGUCUGUUGUGGCCUCAAACUGGAUGAAGAAACCACCUAGCUCAUCAACAGUGAUUCACAAUGAUUCACAUUCACAGUGAUUAUAUGCUGUAACUCUUCCCAAACCCUCCAGGAGCCGUUAUGUAUCAGGUGGUCCUCAGUCCUGCUCUUGAAGGCCCUUUUCAUCACCUUUAUUCCGCUCUUUUAGAUUGGCUCUUGCUCUGCUGCAACAGGCUUUGUCACUUGUUCUGAAGAAAGUGUUGUGGUUUUUGAAGAGUGUUUGGAUGUUGCUUGUCAUCCACAGUUUGUGAUAUAAAAAAGCACAGCUUCUGUGCAUUCCUCCAGCUUGGUUGAAUUAAUCCCAGGUUGUGUGAUCAAAGCAGUCCUGUAGCUGUGAUUGAGCCUCUUCAGGCUGUGAUCGUCUUCAUUCCUGACUUUGUACUUCUAGCAGAAAAUGUUGCAAAUGUCACAUGCUGGUAGAAGUUGGGGAGUAGUGUUUUAAGACACCAGUGGUUAAAGUCGCCCACAUGUGGGUGACUGAAUGGAUGCGCUGCUGUUUGAUAAUGAUGGCAUUAGCAUCUGGUGGGAUGAAGACAACAGUGACUAUCACCACUGAAAACUAAAUAUUAUAUUUACCUAAUGUUAAUUUUCCUCUAAUUAUUGGAGUUAGAAGUGUAGUUUAAAAGUUCUGAAACACUCUUAAGCUGCAAAUAUUCACAAGAUGUUGUAAAUUGCUACAUGGCAACUGAUAAAUGAGUAGGUUGUUAUGUGAUAUUCAUGUCAUGACAUAAAAAAAAUAAUCAAAAGAAAAAAAUAUUAUGUAAGCCAACAUCUUUUAUGUGCUUGGGCCUCUAUUCUGCUCUUUAUGGAAAGCAUUUUAAAUGGAAUUUUAUCUUUCUAAGGUAAUAAAUUCUACAUAUCAUAUUAUAAAAAUUUUAUUAACUCUCCUGUGUUCAUCUGAAAUUACUGAAUAUUACCAUAGAUAUAAUAAAAAACAGCAAAAGAACAUAAUGACUGAUUCACUUUUAGAGAUGGUGUGAGUGGCUAUUGUAGGGACUGGGAUUUUUUUGAACUUCUGCAAUGGCUUAAUUUUUUAGCCCUGGAGUUUGCUGCUUGAUGUAAAUAUGGUUUAUCAGUAUCAUUGCAACUAAUGCUUAAAAGGACAUAGUAGCUAUAGCACCAGAUAUUUCUCCUAUUGCUGAACUGCAUUUGUAAACCAGUCUGUUAAGUGCAAUGUACAGGUACUUCCCAGAACCCUCAUAAGCUCAUUUUUCUGUGUCCCUGUUGAACUCGUCAGUAGGUUAAAGUUUGGAAACCAGGAUUCAAAGUUUGUGUCUUUGUCAUGUCUUUCUUAUACACAUGACUCCCCUCACACUAAUUCUGAUAUGUAGAUAUAUAUCUAUAUAUAAUCUAUAUAUAUAUAUACAUAUAUAUAUAUAUAUAUAUAUACAGGGAGAGAGAGAGCGAGAGAGAGAGCAACAGCACACUUCCUUUUAUGUAUGUCCUACAGUGGGUACAGUGGGAGAGCUACUUUAGGGCACAGAAUUUUAUCAGCUGAAAUCUCAGCAUGUAUAAUGGAAAAUAUAGCAAAUGACAAUAUUGUUGACACACCCAGACUAGCCUAGUAAAUCUUGCUGAGACAACUCUGAUCUCACAUGGACAAAGUGACAAACAGAACAUUACAGAGAUCCUCCAUGUGUCACUGUGCACGCUCAGGCCCCAUCAUCAUUGAAGCUCAAGAGGCAGACAUUCAUCUACCUCUCUGACAGCGUUUGGGCUCUACUGAUUUCCACAGGGACAUUCAGCUUUUGUAUGUAUAUCUCUGAUCUUAAGUAUGCACACGAAAGUGAUGUCAUGGAAAAUGAAUUAUGUUUUUCAGUCCGAUCUGACAAACUCAUUGUUAAAUCUUUGAAAAGCAGACAUUCCUCCCUUGUGAACACAGAUCUGCCGCUGCGCUGAACAGCAGACGGGAGAUGUGGUGUUUCCCACAUUAGAGGAACACUUUUGUUCUGGAGAAUUAUAACAGACUUAUUUCCCUGCAGUGACAAAGAGGUUGUUAUGCCUCACUCCCCAGCCCACCGCAUCUCAUCCACCAGCUACAAACACACACUCAGGCUCAAUUAUGAAUUUUCUCGCAGCCAAUUACAGACAGAUGCCAAUAAAUACUGCUUUCUCCCUUCACAGCAAUUAAAACUGGCCAGGAAAAUGAAUCUCAUUCUAAAAAUAACUGUGAUAACGAAUAGUUUGUGGUUGGACCGCUCAUUAGUAUAUUUCACUUACACAUAAUGUAAAUGUGAAGAAGAGUAAGUGUGAAAAAUGUGUCUUUUAUGGUCUGUUCAUCCAGCCUAAUCACUGUUCAUACAGUAGAAAUAUUGUUCUUGUUUCAUGCACUACCACAGACUUGUAUUUGAUUGAGUAAUCAAUCAUGUUCAGUCAAUGGGUUGGCCUUUAUAAUGUGACACAUUCUUUAAUUAUCAUGACAGAUACACAUCCCCCUCUUCUCCUUAAAGGCUAUACAAACCUGUAAGUGGUUGCAUUGAUUGACUUCUCUACCAUCAUCGCCUCCUCUUGCUUCAGCUUCUUAUUAACAUGCAUGACGAUGGCACAUACCCUGCUCCAUGCAUGACAAUAGCUUUUUUUUUCAGCCUUACUCACUACAUGUCUCUGCGAUACGUGACAAUGACUCUAGCUGCUGCUUGCAUUUUAGAGUGGUUCCCUUAUAUAAAGGUGUAGCCAUUUGUUACAAUAAAUGUUGGGAUAUUGACACUAGUGUAGCUGACGCAUGGUGCAGUUGUGCUCAGGGGAAAUGCUGCUGAAGAAUGAUAAGAAUACUGUCCACAGGUGUUGCACAGGGACUCUCUGGUGCACGGGGUUGACAGUUUGAACAGUGCUGUAAUUGUUUAGUGCAAGCAAAGCUGCCUGAGAAGUAAAUUUGCCUGAGUGGGCAGCGGAGGCAGGGGCAUUCAUGGCAAAUCUGCUCUCCAGCCGUAAAAUGCUGAUAAGAAAAUAAAUGUAAAAAUUCAGUCUCGGUUAUCUGAAUGUUAAAUAAACGUCUGUCCAGAUUCCCAACUGAUAUGUAAAUCUUAGCUUUGCUAUGAUUAAUAUCACAUUCAGCAUUAGGAUAACUAAUUCUUUUUUUUUUUUUAAAUUAAUGACACAAUAAGUCAUUUUAAUAUAGUUUUUGUUUCUAUUUUAAAUAGCUCAAUAAAUAUAAAUGACCACCAGCAGUAGCAGCAGCAGCCAUAGUCUGGAAUUUCAGUGAUAAAUGACUAUUUGGAUGAAUUGGAAAUUAUUUAUUGAAAUACAAAGUUUCAGUUAUAAAUUAUUCGGCAGUUACACUCAGGUGAGGUUAGAUAGCAAAGCUGUGUCUGGUGAUGGAUGAUGGGAGGAGGUAGGACUUCAGUCUUGGCGCUGGUUGUGGCAAAAAUGAAGCAGGUGGAGACUUGAACAAGAAACUGUAUCUUGGCAGGAUGAGGUGUAGAAUGACAGCAGAGCUGUGAGAUUUAAGGGUGGCAAAAUACUGAUAUUUUGCAUACAUGUAUCUAAACAUGUUUUGUCUGAAGUAACUAUAAAUGAACUAUAUUUUCAUCAUGAAGCCAGACAAGCAUCUGUCCCCUAACCCUUUCCUAACUGUCUUGUGCAUUGUCUUUACAAAGUUUAACAAGGUUAAAGUCAUUGUGAGGAAAUAGCGGCACAAUUGAACUACAAGUGUUAAAUGAGAUUUUAAUCAUUCAUUCAAAUAAAUGUGUUUGCAACAUGCCAGAGAAAAUCAUUCUUCAAAGGAUUUCUUUGAAAUUAUGAUGAGGGUUUGCAUUUUACUUCAUUUGUGUGUUUGUGUGUAAAGAUUAUUUAUACUUACAAUUUUGCCCGAGAAAAAUAAGAAAUAAUAACAACGAACUAAUGUUGUCGCCCUAAUCAUGAAGGACAUUCCCUGACUGGUCAUAUUUGAUUGUAAAUCAUAAUCAGUUGAAUUACAGGAUUUAUACCGUAAAUUUGGGGCCAUUUGGUGCCUCAGAAGGUCUGGAGCACCAGGAAACAUUAUCAUCUUUGCCAGACUGCUUAACCAGAUUUGCCAUUUUAAUUGCAUUAUCUUAUAAAGCAAGGAGCUCAUUUAUGACAUAACAAACAGUUUAACAUCUUUAAAGGGAAAAAAAGAAAAAAACUGAAACAAAAUAAAAAAAGAAAAAACACACUGCUGCCCUUUUUAAAGCUGUCACAAGCAUCUUUGUUGUGGAAAACAUCAACAUGAACAGACAGUCGUCAUGCACGUGCACAGCAAGCUGCAAAAUGAGUUAUGUUUUAAUAUAGUCUUCACUGUUACAAUGUAUUAAAUAUGUAUUAGUGAUUUUUGCUGUCAGUAUGAUUUAUGUGGAGCAUAGAAAUCAAGCUGUAGAAUAUGAUUAAAGGUUGUGCUGUCUGAAAGUUAAGUAUUCUGGGAAUUGUUUCAUUAGUGUUGAUGUUUACUGUCUUGGGGGCAGAUUUUGAAUUAGUGCAGCUAUUUUGACAUGAAUGUCAGCGGCAACAUGUGAAGGCAUAAAAAAACCCUUUUAGCGUCACGCAAAUACAAGCGUCGUUAGCAGAGUUAGCUUGUACGCUAUUCUCAAUUGUCAAGUGUUUACAUAUAACAAUGAACUGUUCUUUGUUUUGUGAUGUUUUUGUAAGGGAAACUGCUGACCGUGUCUCUCGGUGAUAAAUAGUCGUGUCCCAUGCUUCUGAGCAACUCGUUCAGGCCGUAGGCGUCUAUGGGGUGAACAGAGAUGAAGGGUUAGAGAUGCAUACGAAGAUGCAUUUAGAUUUACUUGAAUAGUCACAGUUGCCAGGCCACCAUUGCCUUAAGAGCAUUUGGAGAAUACAGUAGCUGUGUGUGUGUGUGUGCAUGUGUGUGUGUGCAUAUGAGUAAUUCAUACAUUUGCUGUGUGUACAUGUGAGUCACUAUUGUUUGAGGCAAGAUGAGAGCUGAAGAUGAAAGCAUUUGGCAGUGUUGGAAAAUAAUAUGGAUAAUGGUGAACGAUGUUUAUACGGAGAAAUGUAGGUGUUGGCUCAAAAUCCUCUUCUGUUUGUGGUAAAUGGUGAUGAAAGAUAACUUUUUGUGACUCUGCUGAAUCAGUGACAACUUUGUGGAAACAGUUAUGACGAAUAUUUACUUUGGGUUUCUUGGCUACUGUUUGUGAUGCUGUCUUAAGAAAUAUGUGCCGCUGUGACACUGCAGUUUGCAAAUGUGUAAUUUUUUUUAAUGUUCUUGUUUCUGCUCUAGAUGGAGGAGGUUCCCUCGGUACCUCCCUUAUGACAGUGCAGAUUCUCUGAUUGUCAUUGCAGCUGCGAUUCAUUGUCUUUGACUUGUCAGACACAACAGAUGUGCUCUCUCUGCAUGAGGAUCAUCCGAUCGGCAUUAGUAUAUUUUAAAUAUGUAAUGUUUUCAGGCUGGCUGCUGCAGCGGCUCAGUAAAAUCAUGAUCCUCAUGUCUGGCAGAUCCAAAAUACAGCCCUUUUCAGACAUGUGAUAUUACUGGCUUCAUUAAUCUGCUAAGGUGAGGGCAUGCCAUCAUUCCUCCAAUUCAAACAUGCUGCAUUGUACUUUGCUCUGUCACUAGCUUUGAUAUUGUUGCUCUAACAUAAUGGAAAAAGCAGCUGGGACGCUCAUUCACACUUAGAUCCUGGCAGGUAAAAAGGAGUGCAUGUUUGAACGGGGCUUUGUCUCUCCUGGUUUGUCUCUGUUUCUAAUGUACACACAGUGUUAAAUGUGCAUGUACAACUGGGUCAUGUUAAUGGUUGUAAAUUGCUUUAGAUUUUUAUGUGCAAUAUCUACUAAUCCAAAUAAAGGUUAUAUGUCAAAUAA